ACGCAAUUUAACAUAAUGUGGCCCCCAUUUGACCAUUUGACGAUCAAGAUUAGUUAAUUAGCUAGGUUUCGUUCUUGCGAGAAGAUCAAAUCAACUCUAUAUAUAAUCUAGACAAAGACAUACCAAUACAACUCUCAGUGUCUUUACAUAAACAACAGCAACAUCUUAUUAUCCUCUCUAAUAAUGGCGUCGCUUCAGAGUUCAUCUUAUUUUCUGGGCACAAACCUUAAAAAACAUAACUCCAAAUCGAUCUUCCAAAGCUACUCUCCGACCUCAUUCACCAAAUUCUCCUCUCGCGUCUCUCGCCAGAGGUUCUUACUCUGUUUGCUGUAUAUGAACGGAUGUGAGGCUGACAAUAAAUCACCACUUGGCACGGUAGAAACAAGAACUUUAUCUUCGGUUACGUCUCCGGCGGCCGCGACGGAGAGGCUGAUAACCGCCGUCUCUAACCUCAAAUCCCAACCGCCACCGCUCUCCUCCGGCAUUGUCCGGUUACAGGUGCCGAUUGAUCAGCGAAUCGGGGCAAUCGAUUGGCUUCAUGCCCAGAACGAUGCUCUUCCUCGCAGUUUCUUUUCCCGUCGCAGCGACGCCGGCCGUCCAGAUCUUCUCCACGAUUUCGCCAGCGAGAGCGUGAACGGAUCAUCCGAUCGCAAUCCGGUCAGUGUCGCCGGAAUCGGGUCCGCUGUGUUUUUCCGCGAUCUCGAUCCCUUCUCUCAUGAUGACUGGAGGUCGAUCCGAAGGUUUCUGUCUUCCAAGUCUCCUCUGAUUCGUGCUUAUGGUGGACUUCGAUUUGAUCCCAACGGAAAGAUCGCUGUGGAAUGGGAAAAAUUCGGCUCCUUUUACUUUACAGUGCCUCAGGUCGAGUUUGAUGAGUAUGGAGGAAACUCAAUGCUGGCUGCAACUGUUGCUUGGGACGAUGAGCUCUCAUGGACGCUUGAAAAUGCCAUUGAAGCACUUCAGGAGACUAUGCUUCAGGUUUCUUCUGUUGUAAUGAGAUUACGGAGAGAAUCUCUAGGAGUUUCUGUUGUUAGCAAGAACCAUGUUCCCAGUGAAGUAACCUAUUACCCUGCUGUAAAUACUGCUCUGGAGAUCAUAAAGGCCAAAAAUUCACCUCUAAGCAAGGUUGUGCUUGCACGCAGCAGCAGAAUCAUUACGGAUACAGACAUUGAUCCUAUCGCUUGGCUAGCACGUUUGCAGAGCGAAGGACAAGACGCAUACCAGUUCUGUCUUCAACCACCAGGUGCACCAGCAUUCAUAGGGAACACGCCUGAGAGACUCUUCCAUAGAAAACAUCUGGGAGUCUGCAGCGAGGCUUUGGCUGCAACCAGGCCUAGAGGAGAUUCAGGGGUUUCUGAUUUGGAGAUAGAGCGUGACUUACUAACCAGCUCCAAAGAUGAUCUCGAGUUCUCCAUUGUGCGAGAGAAUAUAAGAGAAAAACUCAAAGCCAUAUGUGACAGAGUAAUUGUGAAACCCCAAAAAACAGUGAGAAAGCUUGCAAGAAUACAACAUCUAUAUUCUCAAUUAGCAGGGCAGCUAAAAAGAGAAGAUGAUGAGUUUGACAUCUUAACUGUUUUGCAUCCAACGCCAGCUGUUUGUGGAUGCCCAGUAGAGGAAGCAAGGCUUUUGAUUAAGCAAAUUGAGUCAUUUGAUAGAGGAAUGUAUGCUGGGCCUAUUGGGUUCUUUGGUGGGGGAGAGAGUGAAUUCUCUGUAGGCAUAAGAUCUGCUUUAGUCGAAAAGGGUCUUGGAGCAUUGAUCUAUGCAGGAACAGGGAUAGUUUCAGGAAGCAAUCCAACCUCAGAGUGGAGCGAGCUUGACCUUAAGAUCUCUCAGUUCACUAAAUCACUUGAACAUGAGCAAGCUCUGCAACGAAUCAACUAAAGAAAAGCGAUUUGAGAUUGAUGUUUAGUGUAAUAUGUCUCUCAUAAUACUGCUUUGUGUGUUUAUGUUGUAAAUAGACUAUAUAUCUAGUGAUGCUGCAUAAGUUCAUAUAAUUUUUUGAGCUAGAUUAAUAAAUGAUGUCCCAACUUCACAAUUCCUGACCAAAAGAGAAGCCUUUAAA